CGGCUUCCGUCUUCAGAAGGGGAAGGCUGUGAUUGCUUUUAUGGAGUGGAAUGUGCUAGCAGCUCGUUCGCUUCCUGCCCUGGAGGGGGUAAGGCCCCCUCCUCUGGCCGCGCAGCCUCCAGCGUGUAAAGAGAAGGCAGAGCCCGUGGGAGGCAACGGGCUGGUGAACCUUGGCUUUGACGCUGGUGGAGACAGGGCUGGCCACCUCCAGGAUGGACCACCUCUGUUGUCUGGAGGUAGAAGUGUGGUCUCCGUGCAGGCACGACUUAAUGUAUUUGAAUUUUGUUUAUUGUGCAGUGUUUGUUCAUUGCUGCUGGAGGAAGAUGGUGAACUGACCCAGGAAACUGAAGUUGUUGAAUAUCCACGAGUCAUGGACAAGGGCGGUUUUGUCUAUUGGGAAUCACACACUUGUUUGACUAUGGAGUGACUAGGGUUAAUUAGCAAACUUGAGGCAGCCAUUUGGUGUUUGAAAUACCUGCUGAGCCAAUUGCCCAGGGACUGUGGGUGGAUUUGUGAAUUAUCUGGACAGUUGUCCAGUUGAAAGAGAACUGAUAGCUUUAUAACAAUUUUACAAAGCUUGUUCUAAGACUCUGAUUAGGGCUUACUUUUCAAACUAUUACUGAUUCUUAUUUUUAUGAAUCAAGUCUUGGAAAAGGCACGGUAACUGGAUGAAAUAGCCACAAAAAUAGAAAACUUCUCAUAUGCUACCCCUGUGGUAGAUUCUCUUUAUUUAUUGUAGUAGGUGUUCUCAGGUAUAAGGUUUAUAGUUUGCCAAUAUAGUCAUUGCCACACCUUUAGACUCCCAUCAAGUUUGGGUAUUUUGUUACUUUUUGUUUACAGCAAAAUAAUUCCAUUUAAAAAUGUUGUAACAAGAAAUAGAUUCUCAAUUUACUUGAGAUUAGUGCUCCUUUAAUGAUAAAAGUCAUUUUGCCAUGUUAGAAGGCACUUUUUCGGAAGAAGAUAUCUGGGAAUACAAAUCCAAAAGAAAACCAAAAUCAGUCCAUGCAAAUAAUUGCCCUGAGAAUGUUCCAAAAUCUGACAAAAAAGCAACAGAUGGAAAGUACCAGUCAAAACGAAAGAGAAAAAAAAGAACUGUGGAAGCUAAAGAGAAGGUGGAGGUUCCUGAAAUGUGCCUUCAAGAAACAAAUAGUCAGAUUCCUGUCGUUUCUAGUCAGAAUUCUAGUUGUGAAGAUGGUAUCCAGCAGUCCCAAGGCAAGGAGACCACUCCAGGAAAGUGCAGUAGGACUAGCAAAGACAAACACGUGUCUCCAAAGAUACGUCCAGUUUACGAUGGAUACUGCCCAAACUGCCAGCUGCCUUUUUCCUCAUUACUAGGUCAGACACCUCGAUGGCAUGUGUUUGAGUGUUUGGAUUCUCCACUGGUCUCCGAAACAGAGUGUCCUGAUGGUCUUCUGUGUAGCUCAACAAUUCCCUCUCACUACAAGAGAUACACUCACCUCCUGCUAGCUCAACGUAGGGCUGGUAACAGUCCUUUUACGAGUCCAUCACAGGGAUCAGGUGGCAGUUUCACUGAGACUAAUUCAGGCUUUCUUUGUAGCCUGGAGGAAAGAUGGUCUCCAUGUCAAAAACAAACUGAGAACUUUAAAAACGUUUCAGUUGAUCCCUGGCUGGUGACACAGUGUCUAAGAAAAUCUCAGUCUCCAACUGAAACCAAGAAAAAGACUUCCUCUUUGACAAAUACCCAAACGUCCCAACAAGCUCCACAAUUUACACAAUGUUUUAAUAAUGACGGACUGGUAGGAGUUGGUUUACCUCUUGCUGAAGAAUUAUACAGCCAGAACACCUCAGAACACAUAGAUGUGCCGUUGCCAGAAAAUGACUUUAGCAGCUGUGAAAUCUCCUAUUCUCCACUUCAGAGUGAUGAAGAAACUUAUGAUAUGGAUGAAAAGCUGGAUGAUUCACAACAGGAACUAUUUUUUACAGAAAGCACUAAAGAUGGCAGUCUAGAAGAAGACGACAACAGCAGUAGUUUGUUGAGAAACUUCCAUUGUCCCUUACUGAGGGAUCAGGAGAGCGGCUCCAAAGUGAAUAGCAUCUUAACUCAAGAUAAAUACAAUGAAGAAUUGUAUAAGUACAACACUCUGAACAAUUCAUCUCAACAUUUCCAAAAGGAAAGUAUUACUUUGUGUCGUGAUCCAGCUUGUACUGAUGAUGGUUUCUCAUAUCCUUCUGCAUUAGCAGAGGGGCUUGCUCCUUCCAGUUAUCAGGCUACUAAAGCAAAACCUGAUGAGCCAGAACUUCACUCAUCUCCAUCAAAUAAAAAGAAACAGAUAAUUAAAGGAUCAGCUGUUUACAAUAAAAUUUCUCCCCCACUACUUAAGAGUGAAAUGUCAGAAGGUUUUGAAAGCCAAGGAGGAAGGUGUCUUUCUUUCCAUCCAACCCAAGGUCAAAUUAGAGAAUUAUCAAGAAAGAAUUUCAGUGCUAAGAAUAACACUAACUCAGCAUGUUUCUGCAGAAAGGCAUUAAGUGGUACGCUAGACAGGCAAGUUGAUGGUUUAAAUACAAAGACAUUUUCUAGGACACCUACCGCUGCCAAGUCUUUGAAAAUGUUGCCGUCUAGUCCUCAGUGUAAUGCAACACACCCUCCUACCAAGGUAAUGAAGCAAAUGGAUAUAGGUGUGUAUUUUGGUUUACCACCUAAAAGAAAAGAAGAGCAAUUGAGGGAGGAAAGUGCAAUAGAAGGGAUGAACUUAAAACCAGUUGUUAGUCCUAACAAAAAAAGGGCUGGGCAGUGUAAGAGGAAAGCAGAAAAAUCUUUAAGUGAUUCAGAAUUGGAUGCAAAGAAUUUAAGUGAGAAUUGGCAAUCUGUGGAAUUUUCUAGAAAGAGGGCACAGCAUCAAAGAAAAAAGCUGAGAAAGUCAGACUCACUACAGGAAGGAACACAGCAGAAGCGGUCAGGUGACAUUGUUAAGAUAAAAGCUGGAACAGGGCAUUUAAAUCAAGACCAAGUUUUCAUAAAGUCAGCUCGUGGCAGGCUGCGGAGAGGCAACACGAAAAUCCCACAGAUACCUCAUGCAGAAGAAUUAAAAAGGACAUGUCCAUUCUAUAAGAAAAUACCUGGAACUGGCUUUACAGUUGAUGCCUUUCAGUAUGGACUGGUGGAAGGUUGCACAGCCUAUUUUCUCACCCAUUUUCAUUCUGAUCAUUAUGCUGGAUUGUCUAAAAACUUCACAUUUCCAGUUUAUUGUAGUGAGAUAACCGGCAAUUUGUUGAAGAGCAAACUUCAUGUGGAAGAACAAUAUAUCCAUCCAUUACCAAUGGACACUGAAUGUAUGGUGAAUGGUAUCAAAGUUGUUUUGCUUGAUGCCAAUCACUGUCCAGGUGCUGUUAUGAUCCUUUUUUACCUUCCUAAUGGCAACGUCAUAUUACACACUGGAGACUUCCGGGCGCAUCCCACCAUGGAACGUUCUCUUCUUGCUGGCCAGAAAGUCCACACGCUGUAUUUAGAUACCACAUACUGCAGCCCCGAGUACUGCUUUCCGUCUCAGCAGGAGGUUAUCCAGUUUGCCAUCAGCACUGCCUUUGAGGCUGUAACUCUAAACCCACGUACUCUUGUUGUCUGUGGCACUUAUUCUAUUGGAAAAGAGAAAGUCUUCCUAGCCAUUGCUGAAGUUUUAGGUUCAAAAGUGGGCAUGUCCCGAGAAAAAUAUAAAACAUUACAGUGCCUCAAUAUACCAGAAAUUAAUUCCUUCAUCACUACAGACAUGGGCAGUUCCCUGGUUCACCUUCUUCCAAUGAUGCAAAUUAAUUUUAAGGGUUUAUAUAGUCAUUUGAAGAGGUAUGAUGGGAGAUACAAUCAGAUUUUGGCUUUUCGACCUACAGGAUGGACACAUUCUAAUAAGUUAACGAGUAUAGCAGAUGUUGUACCCCAGACCAAAGGAAACAUCUCGAUAUAUGGAAUUCCUUAUAGUGAGCACAGUAGCUACCUGGAAAUGAAACGUUUUGUUCAGUGGCUGAAGCCCCAGAAAAUCAUACCCACCGUGAAUGUUGGCACCUUGAAAUCAAGGAGCGCAAUGGAGAAAUGUUUUAAAGAAUGGCGAACGGAAGCCGGAUAUUGAUGUUACCUCUGAGGACUCAGAAGUAGUUAAGUAACUUAGAUAUGUCUUGUCAAUAGUUAAAUAUUUAGUGAUAGGAAAUGCAUUCCGUGUGAAAAACCUCAGGAAGGUCACUUAUAGAGCUUAUUUUCUUAUUUAAAUUUGAAUAACAUGUUCAUGGUGCUGAGCGCCUCUCAGCAUCAUCAGUGACAACUGAGGCUGGUCUCCCUGGUACCCAUGACUCUUGCCCCUCCCAGUGGGGGCAGUUAUGUUGUGCAUCCAGCCGUAACAAAGGAAUUAAAGGCAGGUUCAGGGACCACAGGGAUUCAUUAUAAUGGCUAAUUAGAUUGAAAUCAUUAUAUAUAAGUAAUUAUGUAUCAUUAAAAUUAUUUAAUUUAGGGCAUAUUUUUAUGAGAUAAAAGUUUUAUAUGCUAUGUAUAUGUAAAUAAAAAUCUUAAACUUGCUAUAUAGUGUCUUGGUUUUUAGGAUUUGUAACUAUGCCAUUUAUGCAAUUUUAUAAAAUUUCAGUAAAAGUAAUUCAACAUUUUAUUUUGAAGAAGAUGAAUCAAAGAGCCUAUAUAAUCACCCGAGAAAGGAUGGAGGAAAGUUUGCAAAAAUGAUGUUUAUCUGAACU